UCUUUGGAGCUAUGGCCGCGCUCAUCACCCUUUGCGCACAGCCACCGAAUCCGAGCUCACCUAGGAACCCCUCAUCGAGCCCACUUAGCCAUAGGCACGUCGUCUACACCACCCCGGCUCACUACGCUCCGAGCCUAGAGCGCCGACUCCGAGCCCACCAGGCUCACCCUCUCUGGCUCCCCACCAUAUCAGUCCUCUCAACCCCUCACACCAAAACCCUAAUCCGAAACCACCUCCAGAAAACCCUAAUCAAUCAAUCCUCUGCAAUCGCCUUCACUUCCAGGGCUGCCAUUAACUCCUUCUCCGAGGCAUUAUCGGAAAUCCUAACCCUAAAUGGUCCUCCAUUAAGUGGAGAAGGAGAGCCUUUCUAUCUAUGUGCUCUAGGUCGAGACUCUGAGCUCUUGGACCAGAGAUUUGUUCUUUCUCUAUGUGAAAACCUUGAUAGGGUUAGGGUUUUUGUUCCCUCUGUCCCGACACCAAAAGCCAUGGCCGAGGAGCUUGGAGAUGGGCUCAACAGAGAGAUUCUUUGCCUUGUUCCCUUGGUUACGGGUUUGGAUGAGCCCAGUGUUGUUCCUGACUUUUUAGGGGCUUUGAAAGACCAGAAUUGGAGGCCAAUUAGGUUGAAUUCCUAUGAAACCAGGUGGGCUGGGCUUGAUUGUGCUGAGUUUUUAAUAAGCGAUGAAGCCAGUGAUGCAAUUGUGUUUACUAGUACAGCAGAGGUUCAGGGAUUAAUAAAGGGGUUGAAGAAGUUAGGAUUUGAGUGGGUAAUGGUGAGAGAGAAGAGGCCUGGUUUGGUUGUGGCUGCUCAUGGGCCUGUAACUGCUUUGGGUGCUAAGAAAUUGGGAGUUGACAUUGAUUUGGUGAGUUCUCGGUUCGAUAGCUUUGAUGGUGUCGUGAAUGCCCUAGCUCAGAGAUUUAUGAAGGGUGGUCAGCCAUGAAUUCUUCAGAGUGCACUUGAGAAGUGGGAGCUUUUGCCACUGGACUAAGAUUGUUUCCUUCAUCUUGUUAAAUUGGCCUGGCAAGCGGCGGAUUUCUUGUGGAGCUUGCUGAUAUCAUGGACAACAUACUGGGUAUUAAUGAGGUUCUUCUCUCUCUCUCUCUCUCUCUCUCUCUCUCUCUCAUGUUUAUAGACUUUUAUAGACUUCCAUUUGUAUGUACCUCUCAACCUGAUGUGUCCUCAGUAUGUGAUCCAAGGUAAGUUGGUUAUGAAAGGAGUACUUGGUAAAAGGAAAAAAAAUAAAGAAAAGAGUUCCACUUACUAUGGGGCUAAGGAUCUCUUAGUUUUUAAUAGAGUUUUAGGCCUCGUCUAGCUGCUGCCCCAAAGCACAUUUCCGUGCGGUUGGAGUGGUGUUUUGGGUGGCAUUGAGUGUGUUGUACAGGCACUCCUUUGGAUACCACUUUAGACUCCCAUCCAAGUGUGCAAGCACUAAAAAAACUCUGCCAUUUUGUAUUUGAGAUUAAAAUCCAAAAUGCUAGUUUGGAUCCGACUUCCAAAACAUUGCAUUUUUGUUGGAAUACUACACGUAUAUUGACCAAAUCACGUGUUGCAGCUGGCCUAUCGGUUAAAAUGAUUAUGUCAGCUGGCUAGUGCGCUAGCGGUACAUUGUCACUAGAUUGCAUAACCAACCUGAUAAACUCAGUAGAUGCUUGUAGGCCCAAAAUGACCAUGACAAGCUCUUCGUCUUGUUUAGGCCUGCACGAGCUAAUUUCUUGAUUUUUAGUGAUCUCUUGCUCCUUCUAUCCAUUCAAAUAUCAGCUCAUGAAUUUCUAAUCCAUCUCUUUCUCUCUCUCACACACGCACACACACACACAAUCACACACACCCACCCACAAGCACCCACAUCCACACCCACACACAGAAUCCAUGGCUGAGCAGGCUGCCCCUCAUUCGGCAUCAACUUGAAAGUGAUUGUUAGUUAUUCCAAGGAACUACAAAUGAUGGUUCUUACUUUCAAUUGGCGGAGCUUUGGUUGGAUUUGGAUGAAGAUGGGCUGGUUAUGCAAAUGGUAUUCUAUUCCUAGAUUUGGACAUAUUUAAUAGUUGUAUUGCAGUAGAUAUGGGUUCUUUCCCUCUUUUUUUUUGUGCUCAUUAGUUGGGAAUUUAACUAAUGAGCACAAAGUUUUUUUUUGCUCACUAAUUAAGUGUUGGGUGAGUGUGGCCA